AACAAGGGAGUCUUAGUAUGGGCAGCUUCAUAUGUUAACUCACAUUUUGAAGUCCGUUGUGGAAGCAAACUUUUGCUUUUUGCACGGGGUCUUUUCUUAAAUUAGUUAGUUUAAAGAUUUUUCUUUUUGCACGGCGGGCGCUCCUGAGACGGUUUUGACCAUCGACAGCAGUAGCACAAGUGCAGGGCAUGACUACGGGCGUAUGUUGCCCAACUAGAUCGAUACGAGGAUAGCUAGACAUGAGGAGGACGUAGUGGUAGUCGUGAGCUCUGUAUUGGUACAACUAGAUGAUGGAGAUCACGGAGGCGGUUUAGUUUAGCGGCGAACUCGGCUAGUACAACUAGAUGGUCACGGAGGACGGAGGUUUAAUUUAGCAGCAGCAAUAUGAACAUGAAGCUAUAGGAACGUACGCGCAUAGCAGCUAUACGAAACAAGCGCAGGCCACCCGACUUCUUAUAUUCUACUUCUACUUCAUGUCAUCUAGUACUACAACUUCUUUUACUAGUACUUCUUCUACUUCGUUAUACAACUAGAACUACCCACUAUGCAGGGUUAAGGUUUCUUAUAAACGAUGCCAACACACCUUCCGCUCAUCCAAAAGUCGAUGGUGGACAGGUGAUUUUUUAUUUAUCCCGCUUAUAUGGUGCUACGCAAAAAACUAUUCAUCUUGUUCUAGUAAUUUUUUUAUCUUUUAGCUUUAGAAAACUUACACUUACUCUAGUGAUACUAGCACUAGUAUUUCUUGUAGUAGUUUUAGUUCUUCCAGUUGUAGGGAGCUAAUCUUUAUCUUAUUCUUUAACUUUAUAACCACUGAGGCUGGUGAGAUCCGUCGAGGCGCGAAGAGGAUGGCUGAGACUCAAACAGAACAGAGCAGCACGUGAUGGUGAUGAUGAUCGUGAGAGGCACGGGAGCGGUGUUUAUAUGGAGGGAGACACAAUGCGGAGUGUGUGAACCUUAUAAGUUGUAAUUCUAGAUCUAGUCGUGUAGGUACUUUUAGUUAAUUGUUCGUUGUAGUUAGAAGUAUUAUCUUUAAUGUUAAAAAUCUAGAAUUCUUACUCUUAGAUUUUACUCUAUCUCUAGUUUUAGUUUUACUUUUAAUAUUUGGAUGUCGUCUAAAGUAGCAGGCGGAUAUUUUAUAAUCCGCGCGGGAGAGGCGCAGGCAUGGGUGGUCUUCGGUUUACUUGGGUGCGAUGGUGGUGGUUUUGGAAAUCAUGAUCGUCUGGUUCACCACGUCUGUUAGGAAAGGAUGAAACGCAGUGCUCUGUCAACAUACAUCGUCUCUACAACUCUAUCGCCAAUACAUCAUUCUUGUACAUCAUCUUCAUGGCCUUUCUGUCUUGUUGAUGCGGUAAAGAAGAUGAAGAGGGAUGAGGAUAUGGAAGAUGUAGGUUUGAGUAGCUGGACGUCUCGUGAUCUUCUUCAACAUUCUGGUACUGGUAGUUCUUGUACUCCUUCUACUAGCAGUUCUCUACCACACUGCUGGCGCUGGUGCCUAUUUCCGACCUGGUUCAUCCUUACAGCGCCGUGUGUAUAUGCUGGUUAUUUACGCGUGAUCUUCAUGCUGGAAUGAGCUGAUGAUAUCUAAGGUCCUGAUCGAUGUCUUCGUGCUGAUUGGUUUUCUUGGUCCUCUGCCUAUCUCUCUGCGUUAAGAAGAUUAUGCUGAUAAGCCAGUUGUAUCACAACUUCCUUCAUCUUGGUCCACCUCUACCUAGUAGUACUAGUACUACAUCUAACAUCACUUCAUCUUCAAAUCACACGACAUCACGGCCACUUCUCCUAUCAAAGGGUAGCAGUAGUUGUUGAGGUUGGGAACGUUGAUGAUGAAGUGGUGGUAGCUUGCCGCAAGCGCGUCUCGUCUGCGACCACCUCUGGAAGUUAAUAGUACAGCAAAGGAAGUACUAGAACAACUAACCAGGUUGAUCAUCUUCACUCAGGUCUUCAGGUCGGAUGAUGAUGUUGAGUACCUAUCAGCUUCAGGUGGAUUCACAACAUCACUCAGUCAGUACGUUACGGCAGUCCCAUCACAGUCCAGGUUGGUAGUGCGAUCUGUGCCUAGUCUGUGCAGAGAUUUGGUCGAUCAGAUAUCUUCAGAUGAGACGAAGAUACAUCGAUACACAUCAGGGUCGUCCUCGUAUAACUUCAGUCACACAGAAGUGGAGGUUAUCAACUACACACAGUCUCAGUGGUCAUCAACUACACACGACAGUGCUAAGUGCUACAAAGUCAAGUGCGGCCACAGUUGUCUGAUGAAUGCGUAAAUCGACUCCGUAAAAUCUCCUGUCGUAUAUCCUGUAAGCCGGUUCCGUCGGGUUGGCAUCUUUUAUAGCUCGUGGGAGAAGACAUGGGCGGGUCUCUCUAGGAAGGAGAGGCCUGAUUACCCUCCCUGCCUUGCUACUUACAUUUAGUUGUAGUGGUGGUAGUUGAUUCGAUACACGCAGCAUUUUUAUCGACGCUUAAUGACAACGGGUCUUCUACUUGUUUACUUGAAAUAUGAUCUUACUUUCUCUUCUUCUUGGAGGAGGUUGGAAGAUCUUCAGGUUUAUUUGUGGGGGAUGUUGUCGUUUGAGUUGGUUUCUUUGUUGUGCGGAAGCGAUUCCUUGUUUUUUUCUCGCCCUUCAUCAGGAAGACAUGAUCGCAUCUUCUCAAAAACAAGAUUUACCACGAUGAUCAAAAAACAAGAACUUCUUUAUGUAGAAGACCGAAGGUUUGAACUGGACAUAGUGAAAUGCGAUCAUGUUGAACUUGAAAAAUUCUAUGAAGAAGAACGUUAUGGUCUACAACAACUUCUAGAUGAAGGCGAGAUUUAA